UUUUUGUAUUUCUUUCAGAAUUAUAUGGAUAUAUACAAAGAUGAUAGCAAUAGCAUGCUUUCGAUCUUUUGAUCUCAGUGACUCUUCAGUGCACCAAGGAUGCCCAAAUCAUCAUUGUGGUGUCCAAAGUGGCCACCAUACCCUUCAUGGAUUUGGACUCAAUCCAUUUCAAUGGAGAUGAACCAAAUUGUAGUGCUGUUGACACCACAUCACACUUUGCGGUCUAUCAGUUCCCUCCCACUGGCUGCGGCACCGUCCUAAAGGCGGAACCUGGAGUUCUUAUCUAUGAGAACAGGAUGUUCUCCUUAUAUGACGUUUCUGCGGGACCCUACGGAAUGAUUACCAGAGACAGCCGUUAUGAGCUGAUUGUCCAGUGUAAAUACAUUGGCAGCACUGUUUUCGCUGUAACAAUUGAGGUUGGCCCUCUUCCGGCACCAUCCUCAGUUGCAGCUCCUGGACCUCUGCGCGUGGAGCUGAGGCUGGGCAACGGACAGAGUGUCACCAAGGGCUGUCGGGAAGAGGAUGUGGCCUUCAACUCCUUUUACGCGGAUGCCGACUACCCCAUCACUAAGGUGCUCAGGGAUCCUGUGUACGAAAGAGUGAGUAAGAGAGACAUUGCUGCUUCGAGCAAGGGAGGCCCCAGAGCUCACACCGUGGAGCUUGUCAUCACCAACCAAGAAUGA